AUGGAAGAAGUAGAACAACAACAACAACAUCAAGAAGCAGAAUUUAAAGUUUUAUUGGAUAAUAAUGAUUUAGCAAAAUUGGUCUUUACAUUUAUUAUUUUUAUGAGACAAGCACUCCUCAUGUCUUCUGAGGUGAUUGGUAAUUAG